AUGGAGGUACAAGCUGCGCUGCAAGGGAAAAACGUUACUAAGUUGACACCAAUUCCUGUCAAUGUAUUGCAACAAAAUACUAUUCGGGAGCAAUUUCAGAAACAAGCUGAGAGACUUGAGAUGGCAAAGCAAGAGAAUCUAUCAGUUGUGGCCCAUUCUCCUGGAGAUCUGCGACUGGAAAAACGCCCAAUCCCAGAACCAGGUCAGAAUGAGGUGCUUCUGCAGAUGAAUGCUGUUGGGAUCUGUGGCUCAGAUGUCCAUUACUGGCAACAUGGAAAAUUAGGAGACUUCCUCAUGAGAAAGCCAAUGGUACUGGGACACGAAGGUUCAGGGACCGUGGUUAAAGUGGGAUCAGACGUGCAACAUCUCAAAGCAGGUGACAGGGUUGCCAUUGAGCCUGCUUACCCCCUACAAAAUGAUGACUUCUGUAAAUCGGGACGUUACAACCUGUCUCCAAGAAUGUUCUGCUGUGCUACCCCACCCUAUGAUGGGCACCUGUCCAGAUACUAUGCCCACAACGCCAACUACUGUUUCAAGCUUCCUGAGUGUGUGAGCUCUGAAGAAGGUGCUUUCAUCGAACCCCUUUCAGUUGCAAUUCAUGCCUGUCGUAGAGGACGAGUGAAACUAGGCAGCAAAAUCUUGAUCUGUGGCGCAGGGCCCAUUGGACUUCUGAAUCUACUGGUUGCCAAGGCAAUGGGGGCAGCUCAGGUCGUGAUCUGUGAUUUAUCAAGUGCACGACUAGAGAAGGCGAAGGAGGUCGGAGCUGAUUUUACAGUAUUGGUGGUGAAAGAGACGCCCCAGGAGAUGGCCCAAAAAGUGGAGGAAGUUCUUGGCUGCAUGCCAGAUACAACUAUUGAAUGCACUGGUGCUGAAUUCUGUGUCCAUACUGGCAUCUAUUCUACUCGCUCUGGAGGGACUGUACUCUUGGUUGGUCACGGCCCAGAUUUGGUGAGUGUGCCCCUACUAAACGCAGCAAUCCGAGAGGUGGAUAUCCGGGGAAUGUUCAGAUUCUGUAACACGUAUCCCAUGGCAAUCGCUCUGUUGGCUUCAAAGAGAGUGGAUGUGAAACCUCUGAUCACACAUCGCUUCCCGCUGGAUCAGGCAAUUGAGGCAUUUGAAACCACAAAGAAAAGGCUGGGAAUUAAAGUGAUGCUGAAAUGUGACUAAGUGCAAUUCCUUGAGAAGCUUCCUCCAGUCAGUGUAGA